CCAACAGUACGUCGGCCGCAUCCCCGAUUUGGAAUUUUACGAUCCCGAUGGCAUGAUGGCCAAAAAGAAAGACGAACUGACCCGUUGGCACGCGGACCAAGUCCGUCUAACGUGCCCUUCCAUUUCAAUCAAGAAAUGAUUGACUAUUGCAAGUCGGAUGUGGCACUGUUGAAAGCCGGUUGUGAAGCCUUUCAACAGGAAUUCGAACGGCAGGCUGGCUUUAAUCCCAUGGCCAAGUGUAUCACCAUUGCCAGUGCCUGCAAUCUGUAUUGGCGCAAGCACCAUUUGAUCCCCGACACCAUUGCCGUCGAACCUCUGGGUGGCUGGCGAGGGGCCCAAGUCAACCAAUCCCUCAAGGCCCUACAAUGGUUGUACUACCAAGAAGACCUCAUUCCCAAGCAGGGGGCCAGUGCCGACCGCAUUCGACAUGUCCGUAACGGGGGCGAACAGUCCGUCCGGACCAUCGCCAACAGCUAUUUUGUCGAUGGGUACGAUCCCCUGACCCGCACUGUCUAUGAGUUUCAUGGGUGUCUCUACCAUGGAUGUCCCACCUGUUUUCCCGUGAGAGACGCCAAACAUUAUGCCACGCCGGAUCGAACCGUCGAGGAACUGCAUCAAGCCACGGUCUCCAAACGCAUGGCUCUGCUCCGAGCAGGCUACACGGUGAUCGAAAUGUGGGAGUGUGAAUGGGAUAAAUUGGUGGACACCGAUGAAGCAGUCAAACGUUUCCUGAAUUCAUUUGAUCUCCCCCCACCUCUGGAACCUCGCGAGGCCUUCUUUGGGGGUCGAACCGGCGCCGUAGCCCUGCAUGCCGUGGCUGGGGAGGGCGAGGAGAUACGCUAUGUGGAUGUGACCUCCCUGUACCCGUGGAUGAAUAAAAACUGUCCUUACCCUAUCGGUCAUCCACGGAUCAUCACCCAACCUGUCGACCAGUCCCUGGAAUCCUAUUUUGGUCUGGCCACCGUAGAUAUUCUUCCCCCCUCUGGCCUAUUCCACCCCGUCUUGCCUGUACGCUGUGGCCAAAAGCUCACUUUUCCUCUCUGCCGUGCCUGUGUCCAGACAGAGCAGGCCCAACCCAUGUUGACCAGAACCCGCUAUUGCCCUCAUUCCGACGCGGAUCGCACGCUACGCGGAACCUGGUGCACGCCCGAACUGGUCAAAGCGGUCGAAAAGGGGUACACCCUCAUCAAGAUCCACGAAGUCUGGCAUUUUCCCCCUGAGCAACGCCAAACGGGUCUUUUCGCCAAUUACGUCAACACGUGGCUCAAGAUCAAACAGGAAUCGGCGGGGUGGCCCGUCUGGUGUCAGACCCUCGAGCAGAAAGGAGACUACAUUCUUCUUUACCAAGAGCGGGAGGGCAUCCGUCUGGACAUUGCCAGUAUUGCCAAAAAUCCAGGUCGCAAAGCCACAGCCAAACUGAUGCUCAAUAGCUUCUGGGGUAAAUUCGGCGAAAGGAUCAACAAACCCACCACCGUCACUGUCCAAAACCCCGCCCAUUUGUUCAAUCUCAUUACCGACGCUGCCCUCGAUAUCAGCACUCUCCGCCUCUGCACCGACGACAUCUUGGAGGCCGUUUACACCAGUGCCCAAGACAAUACCGUCAAAGGCACCAAGACCAAUAUCUUUGUGGCGGCUUUCACCACGUGCCAUGCUCGACUGAAGCUCUACGAGUCCCUCGACACCCUCCAGGAACAAGUCCUUUACUACGAUACGGACAGCGUGAUAUACCGAUGGCGUCCCGAUCAACCCUCCAUCACCACGGGUGAUUUUCUCGGGGACAUGACCGACGAAUUAGACGGAGACGUCAUUACCGAGUUCGUUUCUGGGGGCGCCAAGAAUUAUGGGUACACGACACGCGCAGGCAAAGUGGUGUGCAAAGUACGCGGUUUCACCCUGAACGUCCGCGGCUCCGCCAUUCUCAAUGUUCACACCAUGAAAGACAAUAUUCUCUCGGAAUUAAACUCGCCUCAGGACUCUCGCCGAAAUUUGAACAUUCUCAUCCCCUAUCAUUUUCAAAGGGAUCUAGAAAAGAAACAAAUUCAAGUGGUUCCGCGCGUGAAGCAGUAUGGGUUGGUGUUCGACAAGCGCGUCAUCGAUGUGGCCACUCAAUCGAGUUAUCCCUAUGGCUAC